AGCGCGCGCCCGGCGGUGCGUGUGUGUGUGUGUGUGUGUGUGUGACAAGCGUCAGGUGACUCGGGUCACGCAGUCGCUCCCUCGCGCUCCCGGGGAGAACUGCCGCGCUCCGGCUGGCUCCUCCGGCAGCGGCGGCGGCGGGAGGGGGAGGGAGGGCUGGGCGCCGCUGCAGCCCCCAGAGCGCCAAGCUCGCCCGGGGAGACGCGGGCGGUUCGGCCCACGCGGGACUCUGGAGCCGAGCGUGGGCGUGAUGAGCCAGGUGCUGGGCAAGCCUCAGCUGCAGGGUGAGGACGGCGGCGACGACGAGGAGGAGGAUGAGCUGGUGGGACUGGCGGGCUACGAGGACGGGCCCGGGUCCUCGGACGCCGAGCUGGACAGCGGGCCGGAGGAGGGAGUUCUGGACUUGAGCGACCCCUUCAGCACUGAGGUGAAGCCCAGGAUCCUGCUCAUGGGUCUCCGAAGGAGUGGCAAGUCGUCCAUACAGAAAGUUGUCUUUCACAAGAUGUCCCCGAGUGAGACCCUGUUCCUGGAAAGCACCAAUAAGAUCUGCAGGGAAGACGUCUCCAACAGCUCCUUUGUCAACUUCCAGAUCUGGGACUUCCCAGGCCAGAUUGACUUUUUUGACCCGACCUUUGACUACGAGAUGAUCUUCCGGGGCACAGGAGCACUAAUCUUUGUCAUCGACUCCCAGGAUGACUAUAUGGAAGCGUUGGCCAGGCUCCACCUCACAGUUACCAGAGCCUACAAAGUGAACACUGACAUUAACUUUGAGGUGUUUAUUCAUAAAGUGGAUGGUCUGUCGGAUGAUCACAAAAUUGAAACCCAAAGAGACAUUCACCAGAGGGCCAACGAUGACCUUGCAGAUGCUGGCUUAGAAAAAAUUCACCUGAGCUUUUAUCUGACGAGCAUUUAUGACCAUUCAAUAUUUGAAGCCUUCAGUAAAGUGGUUCAGAAACUGAUCCCACAGCUCCCGACGCUGGAGAAUCUGCUGAACAUCUUUAUCUCAAAUUCCGGAAUUGAAAAGGCAUUUCUGUUUGACGUGGUCAGUAAGAUUUAUAUUGCAACUGACAGCACUCCCGUGGACAUGCAGACCUACGAGCUCUGCUGCGAUAUGAUCGACGUGGUGAUCGACAUCUCUUGUAUUUAUGGUCUCAAAGAAGAUGGAGCAGGAGCCCCGUAUGACAAGGAGUCCACAGCCAUUAUAAAGCUGAAUAACACAACGGUUCUUUAUUUAAAAGAGGUCACAAAGUUCUUGGCGCUCGUUUGCUUUGUCAGAGAGGAAAGCUUUGAAAGAAAAGGCCUUAUUGACUACAAUUUUCACUGCUUCCGGAAGGCCAUCCAUGAGGUGUUCGAGGUGAGAAUGAAGAUGGUGAAAUCUCGAAAAGCCCAGAGUCGCUUACGGAAGAAGAAAGGAGCUACUCCUAACGGGACCCCUCGCGUGCUGCUGUAGGGGGGCUAUCAGGAGCCUGAGCCCACACUUGUGAUGGGGGUGCCGAGCCACACUGCACCUCAGGAAGGAGGAGCCUGCGACACGGACGUAGAUUUGUUCAGGACAAAGAAAGUACUCUCUUUUUAAAAUAAAAUGAGCUCUUCGAAGCAAAAACCUGUACAGUAACAAAGUGAGCCCACUCUAUCGCUGCAUAAAUGUAAACUUCCGUGUUGAUAAUCAGAAAACCCCCCCGUGAGAACUGCCAGGAACUGUACAUAUUUUGCACUUUUUCACAUUUUUCCUCUAGAGAUGAACUUUGAUAAGGACUUUUUCUAAACUCUCAAGGGCGUGCAUACUAUGGUCCAUACGGCCAUCGGAAAUUCAUCCAAAGUAAUACAUUGGUGAAGACUUUUUGUAAAUUGGGGAACCUUUGCUACCAAUUGUUAUGGGGGAAAUCAUUUUUCAGUGGAGCAGGGAUAGUAGGUCUGGGCUGGGAGCUCCAGGCAAGAACAGUAAGAACUUGUGUUUGUAAUGAGUGUGAAUGGGAAUUUUCUAGAAGAAUAUCAGGACCAGUCUUCCAUCCAAGUCUGUAUCCCUAUUGGCCAUGCCUUCCUACCCACCCAGUCUUUAUGAAACUCCCUCCCUCGGCACACGUCUUUGUAGUCGGUGUGUUCAAGUGGGUGACUUCUUUCUGCUGCGUUAUUCUAAUGAACCUUAGGGACCAGAUUUCUAAAAUGAUGCCGGUUAGUAUAAAGAUAUAUGAAUGUUGUUUGAGGAGACGGGGGAAAUAGUAUGGAUUUGUUGGGAAUGUUCUGGAGGUACUUCUGUACCUGCCAAGGAGGUAAAAUAACAGGCCGAGAGGGUUCCCAGAGAGUCCCAGUGGCAGAUGGCCUCUCAGACUAGAUACAUUUGUGUACAUGUGUGUAUCUGGCUCCUGUGAAUGGCCUCUUGUGCUAUGUUUAAAGUCUUUGUUCAGGACCAGUUUUUAGUGCUCCAUGGCCACAGGCAUGGAGCAGGUCUUUCGUCUUCACUAUGGAGUUUAGUCCUUGGUGGCUUCAUUUGGUACCCGAAUCACCCGUCCAUCUGUGACAGUGUGCCUUGUGUCCUCCCUCCCGUGCCUACCAAGUUCAGCUUGCUACCAACUUGCUCUGUGAGAGAAUUCUGACACAGGAAAGCUUGUGGCCUGUGGGAAAAGGUCCGCCUCAAGAGGUCUAAGUUAGCCAUGGGUUCGUUUUUCUAGAUGAGCAGAGAAUUGAAGUCCUAAAUCUAGGUCUGUACCAAGCCAUUCCAAAGGUUAGCACUGUCAGGCAUGUAUGACCCUAGAAAAGAUUCCUAGGGACAUCAGUGCUGCUCUUGCAAAAAUAUAUGAAGUGUUUAAAGCAUUUUGUCCCUUCUUAUCUAGUUGCUUUUCCUUCCCCAAGUCUUAUACUUGGUUUCUUGCUUGUUUAUUGUUUGUGUGUGGUUUGGCUGUCCUGGAAGUCACUAUGUAGACCAGGCUAAUCUUGAAGUCAUAGAUCCAUGUGACUCUGCUUCCCCUGAGUGCUGGGAUCAAAGGUGUGCACCACCUUGCUGGGAGAGGUCUUCCGAAGCUGCUAACAAUGAUGGAUGUCUGAUGUUGCAAGCUGAGCCUCCAGUAGUCUGUGCGGUACUAAGGGGUUUCUAGCACUCCUUACAGCAUUGUGGCUCCUUCCUUACGAUCCCUGUGCAGAGACCACAAAGGAAUUGUUAGGCGCCUGGAACCCCAGAGAAGUUUCCGUUCCCUUAAUUUUCAGAGCUGUUCCCUGAUGGGCCUUGGCCAACAGGUUGGAAGGAGGUUGGCUACCCUGAAGAGUCUAAUUCCCCCUCCCCCAACACACACACACACACACACACACACACACACACACACGAGAGAGAGAGAGAGAGAGAGAGAGAGAGAGAGAGAGAGGAUGCUGUUUGUUUGCUUUUUUGAGACAGGGUUUGAGAUGGCCCAGGCUGCUCUCAAACUUGCUAUGUAGCCCAGGGCUAUCUCCCACUUCUGAUCCCUCUGCCUUCACUGCCCCGUAGUGCUGGGAUUAUAGCAGUACACCAACAUGCUUGUCUUGAACAGUGCUGAGGACUGAGCCCAGGGCUCUGUGCACGUUGGGCAGGUUCUCUAUUAAGCACAUGUAUCCCGGUUCCUUUUCUUAAUAGUUUUUACAAAGUAUUUCUCAUUGAACAGAGAAUUGCAUUUUUAAUAAGACUUUAUUUUUUAGGUAAGACAUCUGCCUGUCUGGUAAACCACAUAAAAUUGCCAUGUAGAAGUGGAGCUUCCGUUUUGAAGCUGGUUAUAUAAUGGGUUUUUGUUGAAAUGUGCCUUAAAAGCCCAUCACUUCACAGGCGUGUGAUCAAUCCUGGAACAUAGGGCCCACGUUCCUGAUCACAGACGCACUCUCGUUACUCAUGCUGAUUCGGAUCGAUUCCUGCCUCCGGCCUCGUGUGACAGUGACUUCUGAAGAUGCAGGAGUUACAGCUGAGGGGUGAGGUUUUCCGGUCUGGGACUGGGAUUACUACAGAUCUUCACAUUCGUUUCAUGUUUUCUCUUAGAUUUGGGAGUUAGCCUAAGGCACUGUGUAGAUCUGUGUGGAUGC